AACAAAUCCUAAGGUGUGGGGUACAAGAACAGUUUUAGGUUGCCUUUUGGUAGGCUUAGGUACAUGGGAUUAACGAUCACAACACUCCUCCAAGCCUCGGCUUCUCGAUCUAGUUACCUUUUUGUGCUUAAAUUUUCAUUUGACUAUCACAUAUCUCUUUUCUCUCCACAAUUUUCCGUUCGUUGGACCUGCCUUAUCUCCACAGUUUUCUGUUUGUCAUAUCCCUUUUCUCUCCAUACUAUUGCGUUCAACAAUCCCUGAUUUGUUCGGGUUCUCUCUGAUUUAGAAUUGUUGGUUGAGCCAAGACAGUUUUAGCCUCAAUCAACCUGCCUGAUGGCUUCUUUGGAUAUGACACUUGAUUAUAUGAUAAAGAGCAGGCGUAAUAGUGAGAGAAGUCAGAAAAGUCGGGGACGAGACAGACCUCAACGUGCAAGAGGGGUCAGUAGAUCAUUUAGAGGUGGAAGACGUGCUGGAGCUCCUCCUGGUUGAGGUGCUCUUGGUGUUAAUGUCAGACCAUCAGCCCACACCAUUGCUAAGUCUUUCCGCAGGAUAAAAAAUUUGCCUUGGCAGAACGGUUUGUUUGAAGAUAGCCUUAGAGCAGCUGGGUUAUCAUCUGGGUUAUCAGCUGGGUUAUCCAACUUGCACAAUAGUCAGACCAAUGAAGAUAUAAGGGAACUCUUCUCGGAGAUCGGAGAUAUGGGCAGUUCUAAAUGAUGUGUAGAAUAAGCAGUCUUCAAUCUCCUUUUUGCUAUGAAAAGUCUGUGUCUGAGGAGGUUAUAGAGAACCCUCUUGGGCUAUCAUUGAAUGAGAAGAAUAUCGGAAAUAAAUCUCUCCUUGUGGUUGUUGUAAAGCAGCAGGUGGUGUAUUGUGUAGCACGUGCUCUGGUUCAGGCCUAUAUGCUGCUACUAUUAUGGAAUGUGAAGGAUUACUGUUAAAGUAAAAUCCUUGGGUAGCAAGAUGAAUGCCAACGCUCUGUUCGCAAAGAGGAAGGGCAAGACCCAGUCCAAGGAGAAGGGGCCCUCGGGCCAGAAGCCAGUCGACGCGCUUUUCCCGAAGGUCAUAGAGCCUUCCGCCGGGGACGCCCAUGCUGCUGUGGGGACCGGGGGGUCGAAGGCCGAGGCGGCCGCUAAGAAGAAGAGGGGCGACAAGGGGGUGGAGCCCCCCACCAAGAAGCAGAAAGGCGCCGUGGGUGCUGUCGGGGCGGCGGCCCCCCUCAUAAUUAUUGAUGACAUGCCCGCUGUUGAUGGGCCUCUCGCCUCGGUCCCUCCGAAGGAUCCGGUGAAUCCCCCCCGGGAGGAAUUACCCCGGGAGAUCCGUCAGCUCUCCUUUGCCCCCGGCGCUUCCCUGAUGCACGGCACUGCCGAGCCGAGGAGCUUCCUUCGGGGCAUCACCUCGAAGAUGGACAGGGAAGUCUUCGAGACCUACGAUGAUGAUGCCCUCGAGAACAGGAUCCUCCGGUCCUCUCUCACUGCCUGCAUAGCCCUCGGGGAACAGGCCCGGAGGCGCAAAGAAAGGUGCCUUCACGAGGCCGCCCAAGAUAAGAAGGUGGAGGGGCUGAUCCGCAAGAACUCCGAGGCGGUGAAGCAUGCUGCACAGCUGGAGGAGGCCCUUCGGGAGGCGAAGGCGGUGGCGGAGAAGGCCAAAGCUGACGGCAUUGCCGAGGGCAAGGCGGAGGCCGAGAGGGCUGCUGCCGAGGCGGCGAAAAAGGCUGCCGAAGAAGCCCAAACUGCUAAGGAGAGAGCUGCGGCCGAGGCCCGAGGGGAGGCAGUUGCGGAGUUCCUCGCUGAGGGCUGGAGGGCCGAGGGCCAUAAGGAGUGGGUUGCCUCCGUGGUGGCAGCCUCGGUGGACGCUUGGGUAGAAGGCCCGGGGGUUGACUGGCUGACUGACAGGGGGGACGCCUAUUACCAGGGGGGUGAGUUCUUUACUCAGCACCUGAUCUACCGGAGGCUUGCCAGGCACUUUGGCGUGUCCCUCGAACAAUUUGACCCCUCGACAUAUGGCCUCCCUCCGCUGCAACCAGAUGUCAGAGUUCCCCUCCCCUAGGGUGAAGAGCGGCCAACAAUCUAUGAUUCUGUGAUGAUGGGGGGUGAUGGGGUUGGAGCCGUCGGGUGUGAUGCUGCCGGAGAAGAAGUCUCCUCCAAGGCUGUCGUGGAAGAUGCCCCCGGUGACAACGAGGCUGAAGCCGCCGAGAAGAUUAGUAUUUAGUCAAUUUUUGAAAAAGCCUUGUAAUGAAACUUUUGUCACCCCUCGGCUUUGGCCAUACUCUGUAAUGAUCACAUUGACUACUUUUUUUGUUGUAAUUGAAUGAUUGCCUUCGGGCUUUGUGUAUAUGAUAUGCUUCCUUCUGA